UGGUUGUACUGAAGCACAAUGCAAAGUGAGGUGUCGGUUGUAGGUUCAUCGACUGAUGGACAUCAUGAAUUGGAUUUUAAAUGUUUAUUAUUGAGCAUAUAUUCAUAGAAAGUAGGCCAGCUGUCGACGCUGGUCAUAAACGGAGAAUAUAACUCCAAGAGGGGUGUGAAUCGUAUUAGCUUGUUUGUAUGUAGUAAUAACCGGGUAAAUAAGCUAGCUAACGUUAGCCAUGGUUCUAAUGAUGGAAUCGCAAUGCGAGUAUUUUAUGUAUUUCCCUGCCGUUCCCAUCACGGACCUUUCCGACCCGUCAAAAUACCGAACUCUCCCCCGUCGCAGUCACCUCUAUCUCGGCGAGACGGUGCAGUUUUUGUUGGUCCUGCGGUCCAGAGAUGAAAGGUCGGGCUCGGGCGAGACAAAGGGAAGUGGGGAUAGUGACAGCGGUACCCGGGCUUGGAAGGAGCUGGUAGGGUCCCUCUCCGCUGUAGCAAGUGUCUGCCCCGGCGAGAGCCGACAUCGCUCUCAACUUCACCCCCAUGAGUUCCAGAGAAGCUACAGCGACGACGGUGCAGACGAGGACCCCGACGAGGUUGACUUUGCUGUGGGUACAUCCCAUAUAGGCAGGAGGGAGUCCAGGAACCGAGGCUUCAGAGAAUGCAAGCCGCUUCUCAUUCACAAUAACACGGGGAUUGAUGGGCGGCAGUAUCGGCGGGCACCGGUGCAGUCACCCAUGGACAAGCCAGUGGUACUGAACAAUGAGGUCAUCUUCCCUCUGACCGUCUCAUUGGACAAACUCCACGUCAACACACUCAAGGUCAAGAUCGUAGUGACGGUGUGGAAGCAGGAGAAGGAGAAUGUAGAGAUCAGGGAACAUGGUUACCUCACCAUCCUACAGCUGAGGAGCCCCAGACACACCUUCAGACAGGACCUCAACACCUUCAAGGCCCAGGUCAGCACCACCCUGAGUGUUCUUCCUCCUCCGACUGUGAAAUGUCAACAGAUUACCGUCUCUGGGAAGCACCUAACCGUUCUCAAAGUAUUAAACUCCAGUUCCCAGGAUGAGGUGUGUGUUAGCAAUGUGAGGGUUGUUCCUAACUUCAACGCGUCCUAUCUCCCCAUGAUGCCUGAUGGCUCUGUCCUCCUAGUGGACAAUGUCUGCCACCAAUCAGCGGAGGUUGCCAUGGGGUCGUUCCACAGAAUGAACAGUAGCUCCUCCCACCUUCCCAGCAUGCUCUCUGCCCUGGAAGAGCAGAACUUCCUGUUUCAGCUGCAGCUCAGAGACCUGCCAGAGGAAGAGUCCAGCGAGGGUCUGGAGGUUCCAUUGGUAGCUGUGCUGCACUGGUCUACCUCUAAGCUUCCCUUUACCAGGUACAUUUCGACCCACUACCAGCUGCCCAGCGUGAGACUGGACCGCCCCCGUUUGGUGAUGACAGCUUCCUGUCCGAGUGCCGUGAGGCCGCAGGAGCACUUCCGGGUCAAAUACACCCUCCUCAACAACCUGCAGGACUUCCUGGCUGUACGCCUGGUCUGGACACCCGAAGGUCGUGGUCGUCAGGACCCGUCAGUGAGUUCUGUGGUGUGUCACUCCCCCCUCAACAACUUGGGACAGUGUCGGAAAGGAUCCACCCUCUCCUUCACAGUCGCCUUCCAGAUACUCAAGGCAGGACUCUUUGAGUUAAGCCAGCACAUGAAGCUGAAGCUCCAGUUCACUGCGUCCUGUUCCAACCCUUCAGCUGAGGCCAGACCCAUGUCUCUGUCCCUGUCCCGUAACAACUCUGCUGUUAGAGACGUGUUGGACAGACAGAGUCUGGGACGGUCACAGAGCUUCUCCCACCAACAACCCUCACGGUCACAUCUUAUGAGGACGGGCAGUGUUAUGGAGCGCCGGGCCAUCACUCCUCCAGUGGGAUCACCAGUGGGUCGACCCCUCUACCUUCCGCCCGAACGCCCCGUCCUCUCACUGGACAAGAUCGCCAAGAGAGAGUGUAAGGUACUGGUGCUGGACCUUGGAAGAGACUGGGAGAGCGAGGGAGGGAGGGUUGGAGGAACGAGGUAGAGAGGAAAUAAGAGAUUUGGAGAGGGAGGGAGGGAGGACAUUUCUCAUUGAGCAUUUCAUCCAACCUGAAACAAAACGCAAAAACUGUUUUACACAAAAAGACAGACCACAGUCACCACACUGAAUGACUUACUCUACAUGAUCCACAUCAUUUCAAGACACGAAGAAGUUACUUUCAACAUGACUUUAUCUCAAAAUCAUUCGUUAUUUUUAUUUUUUUUACUAUAAUUUCAACAUUCCAUUUUAUUCCUUGUUUUAUGUCUUGUUGUGUAAUUAAAUAUGUAAAUAACUGUUUUACAUAAAACGAGCUAGAUCUGCAAUAAUAUUUGGGCUGCCAUUUACCGUAAAAUUCACAGGGUUUGGUUAAUGAAUAAACUGUUAAUACACAGUCUAACUAACACUGUUAGUGUUCUCUAACACUGUUCUGUAUGUGACGUGUUUGAUGUAAAACUUUGGAUGUUAAAGCUAGAGUCCUUAAGUAAAACAAUAACAAAGCAGCCACCCCACCUCUGUUUUUGUAAAAAGCUUAGGGAUAGGCCUGGAGAAAUGUAAGCACUGUCAUAGACAGUGCUAUGGAUGCAACGACUGACCAUCCAUGGUAUCAAAAUUAUAAUUUGAGCAAUGUUUUGAGGCUGUACAGUGUUUGUUUACAUUUACAUUGUUUGCAAACAUUGGAGUAAAACAAGCUUAUUUUGGGGGUUCUGAUCAGUUGCAACAGUUGAACUAAGCUCAUGAGGCAUUUAUAAAUGAUAUUCUUAAAGAAUCAAUGGGUACAUAUAAUACAUUUAUAAGUUUAAAAAAAAUAAUAGAUGUAGCAACUAAGGAUUCUAGCUUUAACAAAGGAACCAGGAGAACCCAGGGAAAGGGCUGAGUUCUGUUUCAUUGUGGAUUUUUUUUACAGUUUCACUCUUGUUACAAUGCGUUGUAGUUUAGUGACUAAGGGCCACAGUCUCUACACUGGAUUUAAAACGUUUAAUAUUUUGUCUUUACACUGGCUGUCAGAGAUGUUUUAAUUUAUGCUAAAUGUAUUUGUCUGGUUUUAAUUCUUUACAUGUUAUUUUGUCAGCGUUUUGCUGCUGCUUAAAAAUCUGAAAUGUUCUCAUCUUCUUAGUACACUCCAUAUAAGUACACACUCCAUGAAAGGGAACAAUCCUGCAUCCUUUCCAAUCAUUUGUCUUUCCCUUGUGUCCCUGUUCUACAACCUACAGCCUAAUGGAUUUAACAAUGGUGGAACCUCUCUCCAAUCCAAUACUGUUACAUCCAAGCCGGGAAAGUGUGCAAGUGCACAUUUCGGGAGAAGGGUGGAGAAUUGGGACGUAGCCUUACACUGUGGUUCACAACUGUUAAAGCUUGUAUUACACUGGUUGAGCCUGUUGAUCAUUGUGGUCAUUUACACUUGACCUUAUUAUUAGGGAUUUAGUCCUCUUGGGUAACAAUCCAGAGUAGUGCAUUAUUUAAAGUCAGUCCCUGUAGCUGUUUUCAACUGUUUCCAUUUGUGUUAGGAACAAUGAACGAUGAUGGUGGUGUGUGUUGUAUGCUUCUGAAUGAGCCUAAAACACUGGAUGUAUUUUUGUAUUUUCAUUUUAUUUCCUGGUUCAUAAACCAAUGGGAAUUGACAACGGGUCUGUAUCCCUGAUGUAAAUGACAAUGUGAUAUUUGGUGGGGACAUUUCAAACAAUCUGACAGAAUGUCACUGUGUCUACUGAGUGGCUAAGGAAAAGACCCAGAUGCAGACAGUUUGAAUAACGGACGUUUAUUAUAUAAACGGGGCAAGCAAAGGACAGGUCAAGGGCAGGCAGAGGUCGGUAGUCCAGGGCAGAGUCCGUAAGGUACAGAGCGGCAGGCAGGCUCAGGGUCAGGGCAGGCAGAAUGGUCAAAACCGUGAAAACUAGAAAACAGGACUCAAGAAAACAGGAGUACGAUAAACACGCUGGUAUGCUUGACAAGACGAACUGGCAACAGACAGACAGAAAACACAGGGAUAAAUACACUGGGGAAGAUGGGCGACACCUGGAGGGGGGUGGAGACAAGCACAAAGACAGGUGAAACAGAUCAGGGUGUGACAGGUAUGCCUUAUUUUCCCUGGACGCAAACUACUUUCUUGUGUAUCCUUUGUUUAAUUUAGAAAGAUUGUAUUAAUUCUGCUUUACCCUAUCAUUUCUAUAUCUUGUCAAGAAGGACACAAGAGACUUGAGUAGAGGAUGUAGUCUGCUAUUAUCGUGUUUUUUUAUUGUUUGUUUUAUUUCCAAUGAAAAAACACAUUGCAUUGUUGGAAAAGGACCCGUAAGUAAGCAUUUCACUGUUAGUCUACACCUGUUGUUUACGAAACAUGUGACAUACAUUUUAUUUUUAUUCAAGGCUUUGUUUAAGGCUAGUGGUAGAUCAUUAGUAAAGAAUAGAGAACAGUAAAGGACCAAGACAGCUGACUUGCGGAAUACCACACUUCCAUUAAAGAAGACCCUCUGUGUUCUAAUGGAUAGAUAGCUCUCAACACAUAGUAGAGUAGAGGAUGUAGCCUUUGCUGUUAUCUUGUUUAUUAUGAUUUAUUUUGUUUGUUUUUAUUCCCGCUAGCCUGGAUUUUACCUUGAAAAACAGCCCCAUUCCAUCUCCAUUUCCAUUGUUCCCAUUAUCAGAGUGACAUAAAGUUUCCAUUUCCAUUCCUUUCCUUUGUGAUUUGAAAUUAAUUUAUUAUUACCACUCAGACCAAAGUUGCUCACAAUUACAGUGUUUAUGUAUAUUUUGGACUUAUUUUUAACAGUCCUAUUUGUUUAAGCACUUUUAUUUGCUUUGAAUUGUAUUGUUUAUGGUUCCUCGGACACACAAACACAAGGAAUGCCUUGAAUGCAAACAUCUGUUGAUGAAAAGUGUUUUGAAUUUGCAACAAACAUGUUGAAAAAAAGUGUUUUUGGUCACUCCUAGUUCGUUGCACUGGCUGUAAUAAAUAAAUUACACUUUAGGCAUUUUAUAUUUACA